AGGUUCGCAGAAUGAUAGAAAAACCAAAUUCACUCUUGUGACAUGGUCAAAGUUCGAUUCACCACUUCGAGAAAAGAGAUGAAACGCUCUCUUCCCAUCUUUAUACAUAAGAGAAAUCACUCAAGACAAGAGGUGUCGACAACGACAACUUAAUGUCUUGACUUUUUUCCGUUUAUGGAACAUCUAGAAUUGUCAAAUCUCUCUUGCGCUCGUAAGAGAACCUCACUACAAAAAAAUAAAAAAAAAGGGGACAAUCCUCCAUCCUUAUACUCUGUGCAAAGCCCCCAUCUCUUUCCUCUCACAAAAAAACCCAUUACCUUCCAUUUUGAAAUCCCCAUUUCACCAAACCAAUUUCCCUUUCUUAUAGAUCCCAUCUCCAAUGCCUCAAAAAACAGAACAAUCCCAGACAAAAGCUCCUCUGUUUUUUCCCCCACAUUCACUAAGAACAACCUCUUUCUCAUCAUCUCCUUCUUCCUCACCUUCCUCUUCUUCUGCAAGUCCAUUUCAGCUCAAUCCUCUCAGCCACCAGGCCCCUCCGCUCUGACUAACAUCACCGCCAUCCUCGAAAAGGCUGACCAAUUCACAACAUUGAUUAAGCUCCUAAAAAGCACCCAACAUAGUGAUCAAAUCAACAAUCAGCUCAACAACUUCAACCAAGGCCUCACUGUUUUUGCUCCCCCCGACAAUGCCUUCUCAAAUCUCAAGCCCGCCACUCUCAAUUCCCUCUCCGAUCAGCAAAAAGUUCAGUUGCUUCAGUUCCAUGCCCUCCCUACUUUCAUUUCCAUAUCCCAAUUUCAAACCGUCAGCAACCCACUUCGUACUCAGGCCGGAAACAGCAACACUGGUCAGUUUCCGUUGAAUGUUCCAAAAAAAGCUAGACUAGAAAAGAGAUCUUAUCUUAACUGACUUCUCAAAAGCUUUCU